UUGUUUAAGAAAGAUGGUUGACGGUGGUACACUUUUCUGACAAAAAUUGGAAAACUUAAUCUUUUUGUUAUUCUAGACGUUCUGAACAUAGUUUUUUGCCGUCGUAUGUAACUGUAAGCGGUUACACUGAGACGUGACAAUGGUUAAGAAAAAGAGACAGAGCGAUCCUGGUGAGAAUGGCGAUGAAUCUACGGAAUCGUGCGACGAGAACGUCAAAUCCGCAUGUCCUCAUGUAGCCAAGGCUGUAGACCUGACGCAGCUGAAGAAGGCGCUCAAAACGGGAGGCUUCCAGACGGAAUGCUCCGAGUGCAAGAAGUCGUCCAAGACCGAGGUCUCUGACCCCGAUUUCGAAGAAGACCUUUCGUUAUGGAUGUGCUUGCGUUGCGGGUCGCAGCUCUGCGGACGGACACGGAACAAGCACGCCCUGAACCACUUCAAGACCCCGCGCUCCGACUGCCAUGCCCUCACUGCCAACACGACCACUUGGGAAGUAUACUGCUACAACUGCAACAAUGAAGUUACCGCUUCUAGUGCUAAGAAGCUGCAUGAAUGUGUAGAAUAUCUUAAAAAGCAAGCAGUAGGCGGCGGGAAUGCUAAAUCACUCCCUCCAAUAGAACUGCCUUAUAAUCAAGACUCAAAAAUUGAUGUUCCAACUGUAGAAACUAUAAUUAAAAUUGACCCACUAUCUAAAGGUAAAGACAAGGCUAUGUUAAGUCUACCGAGAGUGAGAGGCCUCACAAAUCUAGGAAAUACUUGCUUCUUCAACUCAGUGAUGCAGUGUCUGGUGCAGACACCGUAUUUGUUGCAAGUUCUGCAGGAGAUGGCUAACCCUGGUGAGAGGUUCACAUUGCCUGGUGGAAAGUUGAAGCUGAAACCAGACGGUGAUGAUGGGAAGGAGGUGGACCUGCCUCCAAUUACGGGACAGCUGGCAGAGUGGGGUACAUUGACCCGCACACUGUCAGAAACAUUAAGUGAAUUACAAGCAGGUGAAGGUGGAGUGUACAACCCUCGGAAGCUGCUAUCAGCGCUGGUGAACAAGCUGCCUCAAUUCGGAGGCGGCGACCAGCAUGACGCUCAUGAGCUGCUCAGGCAUUUGCUUGAAGCUGUCAGGUCAGAGGACCUCAGACGCUAUCAAUCAGUGAUACUCAGCAGCCUCGGCAUGAGUUCCAAGGUCGACCCCGCCAAGGUCGACGGCGAGGUCAAGCAGAAGGUCAAGUUCUACGGCCAGCAAGCGUCAGACACUAUGCUGAGGCCUGAACAGGUAACUAAGGUGUUCCGCGGCUUCCUAGUCUCGACCCUAGAAUGCCAGGAGUGCCUCCACCAGUCCGACCGCGCGGAGUACUUCCUGGACCUCUCCCUCCCGGUGGCAGCCAGCAGGCCGCAGCCCCCGGCGGUCGUGAGGAGGAAAACACCUAAUGAAGAGAAUGUUUACAAUACGCAAGAGGAGAAACCUUCAAAACACCAAUUGAAGAAGGAGCGGAUAGCUGCCCGCAAGGCCGCCAGAAAGAACAAAGGUAACUCGACGUCUAAAGACGAGCCGUCGACUGACGCCAACGGUACGACCAAGACUGAUGGUAAGUCUUCUUCGGAGCAAUCUGACGCGGAUGUAGAGGAUAACCUUGAGGAUAUGCCUCGGCAGCCUGACACCCAUACUGUCUCCGUCGGUACUCAAGCCAUUGCCCACACGGCGGCAAACUUCGCAGCCUACCACAUGGAGUCAGGGUACAACUCCGAGAAGGUCAUCAGCUCCGACUCCAUUCGCACCAGUCCCGUCGAAAUGGACAAGGAGAAAACUGACAAUACUCCCGAACAUGCGGACAAAGACAAGGUCGAAUUCGCCGACCAUUCAACGUCGACCACUGCGAUACCGCUCGAAUAUAAACCCCUCAUUUCUUUAGAGAACCUCUCUAACCCGGACUCGGGCGUCGCGAGUCCGGAGGCCACGAAACAUAACUCUACGGAAACUGUGGACAAUGUGGACUCCCCGACUAACGGCAAGGAGCUCGGCAGCCAUAGCUCGCUUUCCAGCGAAAUUAACCUCGACCUGUCCAGUCCGCAGCAUAACAAGCUGUCGCCCGUCAAAACUGAGUUCGAGAGGCCGGUGUCGAGGAUAUCCUUCGUGCCCGAGUACUCCAACGAGGUGGUGUCUCGAGGGAUCAGCGUGCAAGGGUGUCGGAGUGUGCUCGAGCACAGCGGGGAGAGCAGCUACGAGUCCUUACCCGAGAGCAAGACUCUUAACGACUUGAACAAUCAUUUGGACAAACUGAAGUUGUAUAUGGAUGACUCUAAGACCAAGACAAAGCCCGCGUUACCUUCCCCGGUAGCCGUGGAGGCGCCUGCCGACCCGCCCCCGCCCGCGCCCAAGCCUAAAGUGAACAACAUCGAUGCCGAGAAGAGUCAGAGAGAUUUCAUGCCCUACUCGCGACAGAGUCCGCUGUCACCGCGCUAUGUAUGCGACGAAGAUGAAUGCAGCAUCCAGUCCUGUCUUAGUCAAUUCACUGCAUUAGAGUUGUUGACUGGCAACAACAAAGUUGGCUGCGAGACGUGCACAGAAAGAAUCAACGGCAAAGACGGAAAGACAGUAUACACCAACGCGACCAAACGGUUUCUAGUAUCGAGUCCGCCGGCCAUACUGAUCUUGCACCUGAAGCGGUUCCAGAUCGGGCCGCGGUGCAUGUUCCGCAAGAUGUCGAAGCACGUGGACUUCCCCACGGUGCUGGACCUGGCGCCGUUCUGUGCGAUGGACAAGGUGCGCAAGUUGCCUAAUGUAGCGCGGGGGCAGUCGUCGCUGCUGUACUCGCUGUACGGCGUGGUGGAGCACUCGGGCGGCAUGCACGGCGGGCACUACGUGGCGUACGUGAAGGUGCGGGGUCAGGUCGAGCCGGGUGAUGCCCGCUGGUGGUUCCUGCCGCGCGGCGGCCACACGGCGCCGGCGGCGGGCGACGCGGACUCGGAGUCGGAGCUGUCGGGCUACGAGUCGGGCGAGGCGCCGGCGCCGCGGGCCCGGCCGCCGCCCGGCAAGUGGUACUACGUGUCGGACAGCAUGGUGUCGGAGGUGUCGGAGGACAAGGUGCUGCGGGCGCAGGCCUACCUGCUGUUCUACGAGCGCAUCCUGUAGGCGAGUGUCCGCGCGACGUCCCGGCCUAAGCGAGGAUUGGCAUUUAAGUGGAAGACUGGUAGCAUCUACGUAGGCGAGCCGCAACAUGUUACGUCACUGUACGCGCUGUAUAUAGCUUCGGAGGUUAUUAUUUACUGGCUUUUUGUUUCAUCGUACUAUUUGCGCGGCGACGCGCUAUGUGAUUAGUUUAUUUCUAUUAAUGAAUUGUUUAUGUAUAAUAUUAGGUCGUGUGGCGCCGGUUGGGGGGUAUGCCCGGGUUCUACGAGCACAUUUUAGUUUGUUACACUCAUAAUCUUGUUACCAUAGGUGCUAAACGCCCGGCAAAUACUAGCUCGAACGAGUAAUAUCAUACGCCACGACCAGCGCCACACAGACUCAUCCUAAGCUUGUUAUACUGUUAGUUUUAUAUAACGAACUUGAUGAAUAUAAUUAGUCACAUAAUGUUAUUACACAGCUAAUCUGUGCUCUAUAUAAAUUAUGUUCGAACUGCAACUGUUUUGCGAUACCAUUGUCUAGUAUCGCCAUACAUUAUGAAGAUACAUUUCCUAGGAGUAAUUCUCCAUAAUCUAGCUAGCACAUGAAUAUAGUAUCAUAUGACCGCUGUCGAAGAAUAACGUCGUAACAGCAGUACUAAAGGAAUUGAGAACAAGAAGCGGGCGGACUUACGACGUUAUUCGCCGGAGUGGCGCGUAGUGUUUCUAUAAGUCAAUGUAAUUGAUAAUAACGUGACGUUGAAACGAAUAUUUAAAUUCAUCUCAUUAAGAUUAAAUGUUUCACCCUACGUACGUAAUUGGUCGAUUGAUUUUCGUGUUAUAUUUAUUCUUAUAUUUAUGUUUGUAUUCUGUAAUCGUGUUUUCGCUGGGUUUUUGUUUGUCGGAGUCGCUGGAACUGGCCGGCGGCCGAUAAGUACGUCGGCCUGUGUUAAAUCGGUCAAGUCUUCCAUUAAGGUGUCAACAGGAAUGUAAACCUUACAUUACAACCAAUAAAUGAUUUUCACUCGAUCGCCGCUUUUAACGAAGUAGAUAAGUUAUUUAUUAUAGUCUGCGUUGUCGGUUACGUCAAUUUUUGGACUGUCAGCCCCUAGUUUUAAUUCAAGUGCUUUCUUUUCUUAAUAAAAGCUCAUCAACAUAAAUAUGGAUAAUCUCAUAAGAUGUAUAUUUUAAACUUAUCCUCAUAUACUUGAUGUUAUCCAAGCAAUCAUUUUAUUCGGAAAUGUACUGAAUAGUAUGGCUUGGUUGUUGACUGUAUAAAUAAAGUAAUUGACAUGAAUUAAUUGACAAUUUACUUGGAUAGAGUUAAUUACUGUUUCAAUCGACAUCCUAAUCGGUACAUUUGUAUAUAUGGGACGUGAACAUAGAUCUCUGUGUGAUCUCGCGCUGUUGGAAUCUAACCUCUAUUUACUACAUUAACUUGUGCCAUUUUAUAAACAAAUGGUUAAAUUGUACCCAACAUCGACGCGCUUUUAAUAUUGUUUGGAAACCCGUUAAUAUUACUGCUAUUACACUUUUAUCAAAGUGAUAACUAAAACUUCAAUAAAUGAGUUGAAUCAUUUAAUUAAAUUUGGGAAUAAAACUUAAUGUUAUUUUAUUCAUAUCAUCCUGUCAUUUAUGUUGUAGGUUGUACAUACACUUUUUUAUAAAAUGUUAGGCUACCUUCGCGGUAUCGACCGAGUCGCUCGACUCGUCGUUGCCACAGACAAUAUUUUUAUUUUAAUCGCAUAUUAAGUUUUAAAACAAGCAUUAUGUAACAUUGAGUGCUCAAUUUAGUUGUUGCUUUUACCGUGUGCAACUAAUUGUUUUAAGGACUUGUUACACUUUUCAUUUGCAUUUGAGAUGAAAAUACUUGCUUUAUUUAAACACUUCUGAAAAAGAACAAAAAAUCUGAAAUAGUUUUUUUUUUUUUUGUUGACAUGAAGCCUGAAAUCUACUAAUAUUAUCUUAUAGAAAUGUAAAUCCCAUACAUUUACAUAAAAAAAUGUGGAGCCACUUACGCAUACUUAUAUAUGAGAAAACGCGUAAUUAUAUGAGACUCACACUGACGCCAGUAAAAUUAAUUAAAAAAAAAUAUUAUCUAAAAGCUAGAAACAUAGAAGUAUUUUGGUCUCAAAUGUUAUCGUUGUAAGUAGUACUCAAGUUGUUAUACACGAUUUUUAUGAUUGCAUUUGACAACAUUAUGUUAGUGUUUUACCGUUAGAUAGCUUGUGUUAAUUAUUUGAUAUUUUUUUUGUAUAAUAUUGAAUUCACAUAAUUGAGUUACGAAAAGUGUAUUAAAAUAUAGUUGUAAAAUGUCA